AUGCCACAAGCUCUACCUCGUACAUUAGAGGCAGGAAAGAAAAGAUGCCCAAAGUGGGACGAUGUGACGCCCAGUAGCGGUGCUGCUGCUGUUGUUGUUCCUCGCGUCCAUCACAUUCCUCACCGUCCUCGUAGCUGCUUCGAGGGAAGCCGCGUCAGCAGGGCUCUCUUCACACUGUGGUGCAGGCUGCUUGAAAGCUACCAGUCCGCCGCCUAUGACGACGCGUGUCCCUUUCUUGUCGGCCACCAGCACUCGCCGAGGGCAAGUGCCGGUGCUGCGUGGGGGGCAGCCGACGAUGCGCGGUGGCAAAGCAUGUUUGGACCGCGUGCCUCCGCAGAGGCCUUGAUAUUUCAUCUAUAUUACGGCUUCAUCGACGUGGACACCGCUGGGUGGGUGAUUGCAUUCUGCAUCAUCGACAAUCUGCAGCUGCAGCACAUUGUCCGCAAAAAAAUGCAGCAGCUUGCCGGUUCGGCGGGAGAUUUGCCUUUCCUCUUUCAUCUCGGCAAUAGCUGGCGGAACCUCUUCGUUGCGUACUGCUUAGCGCUGAAGUGGCACCUUGACUACAACAUCACCAUUAAUGACGUGGUGAAUUUACUCCCACACACGUCACAGAAUCGCCCGUACCUGUGCAUGACAUGUGCGAUGACGGAGCGGCAGAUGCUGCAUCACCUGGACUACAAUGUCACGGUUCGUCCGGGGCAAUUGCUGCAGCUAUUGGACAACUUUCUCAUGUUCGAUGAGCGGGAGUGUGUCAUGGAGGCCCUUGUCAGCGGCUGUGCGCCGAGGUGCUGCGUUUUUUAG